GACAUUUAAGUAGUUUUUUUUUUCGAUUUCCCGCCAUCAGACAUCUUUAGGUUUCACUCAGGAAAUUCCCGCCAUGGUCUGUGUUUGAGAACCCUCAACUUCACUGCUGCUCAGGAAAUUCCCGCCAUCAGGUAUCUCCUCAAUCUCUUGUUCUGUAUCUUAUGUCACAAUCAUGGCCACCGAGGAUGCAUUCUACACACUUCCUGAUUCUCUUAUUUCUUUCAUAUUAACAAAAAUCCCAAUAAAAGAUGCUGUCAAAUCUUCAAUUCUUUCCAAGAGAUGGAGAUUUCUCUAUACUCAGAUGCCUGAACUCACUUUCUCUCCAAAUCUUGUUUUGGGGUUCGAUUGCCCAUCUUUCGACCCACUCGUUGUGCCAAGCGUUGAGAAUAUAAUUUCCAACAUCUUGCUUCUGCAUUCACACAAUCUGGAGGCCUUUCACCUCCACAACACUGGAUUCGAUCGAAACCAACAGCAAUACUUCUCUCGUCAAAAUGUCUGCAAAUGGAUAAGGUAUGCAUCUUGGUGUAAUGUCAAACACCUCACUCUGUUUGAUCAAUACGUGACUUUUGCGGCAGAGAUCGAUAGUGCUUUAACAGAAACCCCACCCUCUGCCCUCUUUGCAUGUACGCAUCUUGAAACACUCCGUCUGUGCAACUACGAUCUCACCAGUUUCCCAAUCGAUUUCGUUGGAUUCCCCCACCUCGUUACUUGUCACCUCCGAAAUGUUAAAUUGACAGAUGAAUCUUUAGUCUCCUUGAUUUCGCUCUGCUCCCUUCUGCAAAAAAUUGAAAUAAUAGGAGAUGCUGAACUAGGUAAUGUCGAAAUCUUUUCAUCCACUAUUGAACAUUUAGAUAUAAGAAUAAUAAAAUCUCUGUCUGUUAACUGCCCCAAACUCAAAAUUCUGGGGGGGCACGUGAUUGAGGAUUUGAGUGUGAAUGGUGUAAGGUUUUAUGAGCUUUCUUAUGCCAUCUUUCAUCUUGAAAUGCACUGUGGAGGUACGCUGAGGGAAUUGAACAUGGAUUGUUCACAAGGACACAGUCGAGUACGCAGUCCAGGAGUCAUUUCAGCAAGUAGAUUUCUUCACAUCGUGGGCAACUUACACUCCUUGACAACACUUGUCAUAUACAUUGGCGAACCCUUUGAAAGGGAAUCAGAUAUGGGUGUUCCUCUAUUUAACCUACUUCACAUGCGUCCAAAUCUUCAGGUGCUCUCUAUAUUUGGUUUCUUUGUCCAGGAGUUGGCAAGAGAUACUAUACCUGUUUGUCUCACCUCUCUGCAUCUUAACCGCAAGAAAAUAUGCGUAGAAAUUCUUGAGUUUGACAACAAAGAAAUUGAAGUAAUAAGUUGCUUGCUUUAGAGUACGCCCUCUCUCGAAGCAUUGGAAAUUCAGCUACCUGAUGAAUAUGAGGAGGGUCAAUGUUUGAAACUCUUUAAAGAUAUUAUGUGUUUGAGGAGAGCAUCCUUGCUAGCAAGUAUAAUUGUGCUGGGUUGUGGGUUCCAAGUACUACGAACCUUAUAAGGGUGUCCUCUCUAUUCUCUAAUACCCUGUUUAUGGAAUUUGAUUCCAUGCUCUUUUUUAUUUUAUUCCAAAAGUGUUUAUGUUGGUUAAAUUCCAUCUGCUUUUAUGUUGGCUAAGUUCCAUAUGCUUUUACUCGUACUAUAGUCUGGUGAUUUGUUUUAAAGAAUGUGGGGGAAUGACUAGCCCUUCUUGGAAUGAAGGCUAUUAAAUUGUGAUCAAAUUUUAAUGUUUUUUCUUUUGAUAAA